AAUAAAGCUGUUGGUCUAAUUCAGCCGUGUGUGGGUGUUCUUGGUCCUCUGCCCAUCGGCCGGGAAAAUGCGUCUCUUGUCGCUGGGACCGAGGUGUGCUGUGGAGAAGAGACCCUUGUGGGACACCUUCCCAGCCUGCUUUGAACGAUGCCAUGCAGGGACGGAAUCUGGUUUUGGUGGUUGCCAGAGUGGCGGGUAUGAUCUCAACCUCUUCGCCAGCCCUCCUGACUGCAACUUCCUGUGUUCUGUCUGCCAUGGGGUUCUCAAGAGACCAGUGAGGUUGCCAUGCAGCCACAUCUUCUGCAAGAAGUGCAUCCUCCGGUGGCUGGCCAGACAAAAGACCUGUCCGUGCUGCAGGAAAGAGGUGAAACGGAAAAAGAUGGUCCAUGUGAAUAAACUCCGGAAGACCAUUGGCCGUCUGGAAGUCAAGUGCAAGAACGCCGAAGCUGGCUGCCUGGUGACGUGCCCACUUGCCCAUCGUAAGGGGCACCAGGACUCAUGCCCUUUUGAGCUGAUGGCCUGCCCCAACGAGGGCUGCAUGUCUCGGGUGCCUCGCGGGGACCUGGCCGAGCACCAGCAGCACUGCCAGCAUGGUGCCCAUCAACGCUGCCCCCUGGGCUGCGGGGCCACACUGGGCCCAGCCGAGCGUGCGAAUCACAACUGCUACCGUGAGCUGCGGGAGGCCUGGAGCCAGCGCCAGGAGCGCAGCCGGACCCUGGUGUUGUGCCUGCUGCGGCGCAUGCGCAAAAUGCACCAAACCACCAACCUCAUCCGCCGGCAGCUGGCCCAGCUCGGAGACUUCCUGGAGGAAGAUGAUGCCCUGCUUGUGGGCGCCCCACAAGAGGAGGCUGAGGCCACCCCAGAAGGCAGCUUUGGGGCUGAGUUUGGGGGGCCCAGGACCAAGGUACCUUGUAAAUAGAGGGAUAAAUAAACGCAGAGCCCAGGCCUGGCCGCCUCACCACCUCUGUGUUUGCUGACCUUACACCUUUACCACGUUUGCGGGCCCUCUCACCUUUCCAGGCACUAUUCCCUUCACCCCAAAUGGUCAUUCUGGCCUUUCUCCUGGACCUUUGCAAGUUCUUCCCAACCAGUUCUUCACAAUGG